AUGGGUAUUAUGUAUAAAUUAAUGAAACAUAGAAAUUUAUCUACGGAUUUGAGUAACACUCAUACUAAUGUUAAUGUGAAAAGUGAUCGCAAUCGUUUAAUUACUAUAGAGGGCAAUAUCAUCGAUUCUACGGAAUCAGUUGCAGAGGAUUCAUCAGUAGAAGUUUUAAGUAAUAAAAAUAUGGAUUCAAAUUUGGAUAAACAAUUUACGGCUGAACAUAUUAUACAGCUGUGUAAAUUUUUGGCAGAAAAAUCGAAAAGAAAUAAAAAUCUCUACAAACAACAACAAUCACCCAAAAAACUCACAAAAUCCAAACAAACACAAUUUCAAUUUGAAGCCAUGGAUGAAUACAAUGAUAACGAAGACGAUGAAGUUGAUUUUUAUCAAAAUGAAGCAUUACCUUUGCUAAACAAACAAAGACUACAACACCAGCAACAGCAGCAACAAAGAAAUUUUACAGAUGAAGAAGAUGAUGAAUGUGAAGAAGAAAAAACAUCAACAGUUUUAUCGACACGUUUAUCACCUGAUAUAAAUUCAUUAAAUAUUUCAUCAAAUACCACAACAUCAGUCACCUCAUGUGCUUUACAACAUCAUCAACAGCAACAACAGCAGCAGCAGAUUUUUAACUACCAACACCAUCAGCAACAGCAGCAACAACAACACCACCAACAUCAACCACAAAAUCAGGGUAAACGUGAUAUUUUAUUAAAAAUUCGUCGACAAAUAUUUGAACGCAAACGUUUACGUGAAAAUGGAGCUUUUGAGCCUCAAGCUUUAAAUAACUCACAAGUUUGGAGACCCUGGUGA